CCUGGGUGCCUCCACAGACUCUGUUGCCCAUUCGCGAAUGCCCAAUAAAAUCCUCAUGCUUUUUACAGCCUCUGCUUUGUGACUUGUCUUGCCGAACGGAGUGGCUCCCUUUCCACGGGGUUGGACUCUCCCUGAGUCUAACAUUUUGUUGCAUUGGCCGGGAAUCAGGAGCAACCGUCCUCGGCAAGCAACAUCCUAGCAGGGGGAGGUAAGACCGAUCGGAAAGUGUGUAUUUUUGUGUGUUGUACUGUUCUGUCCUUGUCCUCCCCAGUCUUUGAACGGUACCGGUUUGAUUUGAACUUGUACGCUGGAGGACGCUCCAGUGCUUUGGAGACAGGGUGAAGAUCACGUCACCCUCGUCUGGCCUUGUAUGGCCGCCCCAGAGCGGCCGUCUUGUAUCUUGUAUCGGGCCCUUUGGAAAUCUUGUAUCGCGCGAAUCCUGUUUGUGUCAUUUGUUUGUUUUGUAAUUGUGUGUAGUCUCUUGUCUUUGAAUAUGGGUCAGGCUGAGUCUUCUCCCCUAAGUCUUACUCUCCAACAUUGGCCUGACGUUUCCACCAGCGCUCACACCCUAUCAGUGGAAGUGCGUCGCAAGAAAUGGAAAACUCUCUGCACCGUUGAGUGGCCGACUCUCGCUGUUUCAUGGCCGCCCAGCGGCACCUUUAAUCUAACCACUAUUUUGCAGGUGAAAGGCCUCAUCAGGGCGACCGGGCCAUCGGGGCAUCCCGACCAGUUACCGUAUAUCUUGGUAUGGGAGGACCUCGUGGUUAAUCCCCCGCCGUGGGCUCAACCUUUUCUCAUCGCACCCUGUCCUCCUCCUCCUCCUUCUCCAGAAUUGCCGGCGCCUUCAGCUCCGCCCCAACCCCAACCCUCUGCUCUUGUUUCCCUCUGUCCGCUGGAAGCUACUCGUCCUCGACCUAAGCCUGUCCUGCCUGAUGAUAGUCAGAUGGACCUAUUAAUGACCUCUGAACUUCCUCCACCUUAUCCCCAGGAGCAUCAACCUGAAGGAGAACCCCCAAGAGAAAGACCGGGGGAGAUGGGCUCUCCAGACACCACUGUAAAUGAACAGCCUGAAGCCAGAUCCCCAAUCCAUACCAGGUUGCGGCUGCGCAGGGCUCAAUUGGAGGAGGGAGAAAGAGGAGAAGGGCAAUGGUCUUCACAAUUGUACCCCUUGAGAAUUGUAGGGGGGCAGGUCCAGUAUUGGCCUUUCUCUGCCUCUGAUUUGUAUAAUUGGAAAACUCAUAACCCUCCUUUCUCCCAAGACCCCCAAGCAUUAACAGGUCUCAUCGAGUCCAUCUUGUUGACGCACCAGCCGACUUGGGAUGAUUGUCAGCAGCUGUUACGGACUCUACUGACCACAGAAGAAGUCCAACGGGUGCUGAUGGAGGCCAGAAAGAAUGUCCUUCGGGCUGAUGGGCAGCCCACCCAACUUCCAAACGAAAUUGAUGAAGUGUUCCCCCUUGUCUGACCUAAU